UGUGGCAGUCCGGUCCGUGCUCCGCAGUCUGCUUCAGCGCCUCAACCGCCCGCAAUGCCCUUGGAUACUGCCGCGUCGCUCAUUUCCACCUCCCUCUGACUAGCUGUCUCUCAGCGAGUUACCCUGGUUCUCCUAUUUUGGACUGCGGUGUAGCCCCAUCCUGCCCUUCGUAAAACUAAUGGGGAACGUCCAAGGAUAACAGGGUGCGGGAUUUUGCUACUGCAGAGGACCUGCCGGUGGUUCGCAGGAGGAGGAGGAGGAGGAGGAAGAGGGGGGCUGCGCGUCUGUCAGAGGCUUCAGCGUCGCAUCCACUAUUUUGAUGGUCUAAAACCGCUUUGCAUGGAUGCAUCAUGGCUACGUUUAUAUGCAGGGUGCAGUUCUUAGACGAUACUGAUCCAUUCAACAGCACCAAUUUUCCUGAGCCUACCAGGCCACCCCUGUACACUUUCAGGGAAGAUAUUCCUUUGAUCAAUCAAAUUGCUGGAGUCCAUAGGCUGCUGAAAGCCCCACAGAAGCCUGAUGACUGCGCCCUCCAGCUGUCCCAUAAUGGAAGCUACUUGGAUUUGGAGUCUACCCUGGCAGAGCAGAGAGAUGAACUGGAGGGAUUUCAGGAGGAUGGAGGGAGGGGCAAGAAACACAGCAUUAUUCUUCGAACACAGCUAUCAGUUAGAGUUCAUGCCUGCAUUGAAAAACUUUACAAUUCAACGGGACGGGAGCUACGGAGAGCCCUCUUUUCCCUGAAGCAGAUUUUUCAGGAUGACAAAGAUUUGGUGCACGAGUUUGUGGUUGCUGAAGGACUGACAUGUUUAAUAAAAGUGGGUGCUGAAGCCGACCAGAACUACCAGAAUUACAUCCUCAGGGCUCUUGGUCAGAUAAUGCUGUAUGUGGACGGGAUGAAUGGCCUCAUAUCUCACAAUGAAACAGUGCAGUGGCUUUACACCUUGGUUGGAUCAAAGUUUCGUUUGGUGGUGAAGACGUCUCUGAAGUUGCUAUUGGUGUUUGUUGAGUACACCGAGAGUAAUGCUUCCCUGCUUAUAAAGGCUGUGAACACUGUGGACACCAAAAGAGGUACAAAACUGUGGUCUAAUGUUAUGGAGAUCCUGGAUGAAAAAGAUGGAGUUGACACUGAGCUGCUGGUGUUUGCAAUGACACUCAUCAAUAAGACUCUGGCAGGCCUUCCAGACCAGGACUCCUACUACGACAUGGUGGACUGCCUUGAAGAGCAGGGCAUUGAAGCAACAGCACAAAGACAUCUGAGCAGGAAAGGCACAGAUCUUGAUCUUGUAGAGCAGUUCAACAUCUAUGAGAUAACUCUGCGCCACGAGGAUGGAGAUGAUGAAACCCAGUUGCCUCCAAGCGUCCGAACAGACCGCCGGAGGGCCAGUGUUGGUGGCACCAAUGAGAAACGAGGGCUGGAGAGAAGACGCAGUCGGAGACACUCACUUCAGAACAGCAGAGGCCAUGCUUCUGCCCCAGCUUCACCAAGCAGCCCUCACACUCAUGCCAACAGCUUCCUGCCCUUCGGUGGCCAACGGGUCGAAGACAUCAGUGAAAGAGAAGAGGAAGAGGAAGAAGACGAGGAGGAUGAGGAGGAUGAGGAGGACGGGGCAGAUGAUGAAAGUCAUCCAGUCACUGAGUCCUCUAGACAGGGCGCUCACAGUGUGGCUCCAGCUGUAGCAGGCACUCCUAACUUGUGUUUGAACUUAAAGUGUAUGGCCAACAUCCUACCUAAAGCCAGUGACCCUGCAGGGCAGAGAGACUAUCUCAGCGUCAAGACCAGGACACCUUCUCCUGUGUCCAUCGCACCUAAAAAGAGGACCUUUAGUCCUUGUCUGACUGAUACAUCUCCUACAUCUUACUCAGCUAGAAAGCCCUGCUGGGCAGAAAGAAUCCCUUCUAAUGGCACUCCAUACCCCAGCAGGCACCAGACUCCUACAUCACCCAUCCAUCGCCUAACUACUUCAGCACCCUCCACACCAGACUCAAAACCUGACAGACCUGCUUUAGGGGGGUUGCUAACGUCAUCAUACAGGCAGCAUCAGGAGUCUCUUGCUGCAGAGAGAGAGAGGAGGCGUCUGGAAAGAGAAGAGCGUCUGCAGAGAAUUGAAAAAGAAGAGAGGAACCGCUUCAAUCGAGAUUAUGUGGACAAGAGAGAAGAGGCAAGACAAGCCAGAGAAGAAAGGUACAAGGCAGUGGAACGGCUUGCUGCAGAGGAGUUUGAGCGGGAGCGUCCCAGAGUGUCAACUAGAGGCCGGACGGAGAUCACACUGUGUUUGAGUCCAACCCCAUCCAGCCGCUCAGCGUCCCGCUGUGCCACACCUUCAUCCAUUAUCUCACAGGACGACACCAUCACCACUCCUCACCAGAUGUUGGGAACAGAAAAAAUUUCAGCUCCAAACCUUCCUGCACAGACAAAGACUAAAAGCCCAGCACCAGAGCUACCAGCAUCAGAACCCUCCCCAGCACCUCCCUCUGAAGCAGGCAAACAGCAAACCGAAUCAGAGACACCAUCAGAUGGUGCUGAGAUGCAGUCUGAUGGGAAUGUGGGAGCAGAGCUGGUGUCAGAUGAACAGUCGGGCAAGGAGAAGGAAGAGAAGCUGGAACAGGAGACGUUUGAAGAGCAGGAGCAGAGUAUAGAUGAGGUAGGGGCUAAGGAGGCAGAGGUAGCUGAUGGAGCAGAGGUGGGAGAGCCAGAUGUAGAAGUGGAAGUGGACACAGAGUUAGAGGAGGAAUCUGAGAAGGUGCAGCAGGCAGAGAGGGAUGUAGAAGAUAGUGUACUCUUAAGUGAGAAGGAGAGACAGAAUGAGGAAGUGAAUGAAAAAGAUAACUGCUCUGCAUCCAGCAUCUCCUCUACAAGUAGCACUCUAGAGAGGGAGGAGCGGGAGGAGAAAUUUGCCAACGACAUUGAAGCAGGCCAGUGGACUCACUGCAGUAAAGAGGCAGAUAUGAAUGAUCAGUGCAAGAAAAUUCUAAAUAGCAAGCGCUUCAUGCUGGACAUGCUUUAUGCUCAGAAGACAGACACAGAGGAUGCUGGGAAUGUAGGAGAAGCAGAGAAGGAAAUAUGUAAAUGUGAGAAGGAGGCAGAGAUGAGUGACUCUGUGGCCAGUUUGGCCAGUAGGUUCUCCACACUGGAGGCAAACAGACAGGCCAGAGAAGAAAAUGUGAAAAAAAUGGAGGUGGGACAUCUAGACAACCAGGGAAGUGUACGAGCUGUGGCUGAGAAGUUUGGAGAUUUAGUCAAGGGACUGACAUCUCCACCUGAGGUGGAGGUCUCUAAAGAGCAGCAGCAAACUGACAAAUCAUCAACUGCUGCUUCAUCUGCUUUACCUCCUAAGAAAGAGUCCGACCAUAUCUGGGAUCAGCUGAUGGCCACACCCAGGGAGCUGCGAAUCAAGGAAAUGGAUUUUACAGACCUUAAAGAAGAGGAUGACAUGGACAUUAUGGAUAUGGAUAGUAUGAUGGGGUCAGGUGACCUGAUACCACCACUUCCCCCUCCACCAUGCAGCACUGCCCUCCCACCACCUCCACCCCUGUUUGGCUGUCCCCCACCACCUCCCAUUUUUGGCAAAAUGAUGCCGCCACCUCCUCCAUUCAUGGCUCCUAUUCCACCGCCCUCCCCUCAGCUGAGUCGAGGGGAGGCACCCCUAUUUCAGAAGAAGAAGAAGACCAUCCGUCUCUUUUGGAACGAGGUGCGCCCUGUGGACUGGCAGUGUAAGAAUCAUAAAUUCUGUAAGGAGUCCCUGUGGUCCAAACUGGAGCCAAUUAAAUUGGACACAUCCAAACUGGAACAGCUGUUUGAGUCCAAAUCCAAGGAGCUGCCUGUAACAAAGAAAGCAGCUGUUGAUGGGAAACGACAAGAAAUCAUUGUCCUGGAUUCAAAGCGCAGCAACGCUAUAAACAUUGGAUUAACUGUCUUACCUCCUCCCCGCACAAUCAAGACAGCAAUUCUGAACUUUGAUGAGUAUGCACUAAACAAAGAAGGCAUUGAGAAAAUCCUCACAAUGAUCCCCACAGAGGAGGAGAAGCAGAGGAUCCAAGAGGCUCAGCUGGUGAACCCAGACAUUCCUCUGGGCAGCGCUGAGCAGUUCCUGCUCACCCUCUCCUCCAUCACAGAGCUGUCCGCUCGCCUGCAGCUGUGGGCGUUCAAGAUGGACUAUGAGCUUAUUGAGAAGGAAGUGGCAGAGCCGCUACAGGACCUGAAGGAAGGAAUGGACCAACUGGAGAAAAACAAGACACUUAGAUACGUCUUGACCACACUGCUGGCGAUUGGUAACUUCCUCAAUGGCUCGAAUGCAAAAGGCUUUGAGCUGAGUUACUUGGAGAAAGUCCCAGAGGUGAAAGACACGGUUCAUAAGCAGUCUCUGCUGCACCACACCUGCUCCAUCGUGGUGGAGAAGUAUCCAGACAGCACUGAUCUCUACUCUGAGAUAGGAGCUAUUACCCGUCUGACCAAGGUGGACUUUGACCAGCUUCAAGACAAUCUGGCCCAGAUGGAGCGAAGAUGCAAAGCAUCAUGGGAUCACCUCAAAGUCAUUGCAAAGCAUGAGAUGAAACCAGCACUGAAACAAAAAAUGUCCGACUUCCUCAAAGACUGCGCAGAGAGGAUUAUAAUUCUCAAAAUUGUACACAGAAGAAUUAUUAACAGGUUUCAUGCUUUUCUGUUGUUCCUGGGCCAUCCGAUAUAUGGAAUACGUGAGGUCAACAUACAUCGCUUUAGCAAGAUCUUGAGCGAAUUUGCCCUGGAGUAUCGCACAACAAGAGAGCGCGUGCUACAACAGAAACAGAAGAGGGCCAACCAUAGGGAGAGGAAUAAGACCAGAGGAAAAAUGAUAACAGAUAGUGGUAAAUUUGGCAGCGCCUCAUCAGACGCACAGGAGAGCCAGCCUCAGGGUAUCCAGAACGCUGAAGAUGCAGCAGAGCAUGAGAACAUGAAGGCCGUACUAAAAAGUAACUCACAGGGAGGAGAGACUGGAACGUCAACGGUACCGGGCCUUCGUACUCGCACCAGAGCCAGCAUUACCAGAGGACGCGUUGCCCCUUGGUGCUCUGCAAAUGAUGACCCAGUGAACUGCACAGAUGACACAGCUGAUGAGAUCAUGGAGAGGAUUGUGAGGUCAGCCACUCAGGGGCCCAGCCAGCGCACGCAACCGAGAGAGAGGAGACGAUCGCGGGCCAACCGGAAAUCAUUGAGGCGGACACUGAAGAAUGGUUUGACAACAGAGGAGGCAAAUGCUCUAGGUUUGUCCAAUGGAUCAGAGAUGCAAGUGUGAGCUGGACCCGGAUCCUGUUGGACAUUAAGACCCAGAUCCUGUUGGACAUCUGCAGGCCCUUUCACUGCCUUCCCCUCACCUACCCAAACUGGAUGGCUUGACACUAAACUCCCACACCUGUGAUGAGUUGAUCUCAUCUUUUUAUGCUUGGUUUACAUACUAUAAGCUUGACACAGGUGACCUGAAGAGUGGAGGAUAAGAAGGCUGAAGAUGAUUUUAACUAUAAACUGGUGGGCAAGAAAAAGAGCACUGCAUUCAACCUGCUAAGCUUGGCUUUUGCUGGAUGAGCAAAGAUGAUCUGCAUUUGCAAGGCUUCACACAACCCACGUGAUUUUGCAUACAAAUACCCACCAUAGUUUGUAAAUAUUUGGAUGUGUGUAAGGCUGAUUGAUUCAAAACGGUUGGUAGUGCACGUGCUUCAAUCUUUGUGGCCUUUUAUGAUCCGGAGGGUUGGACGCACAGUGCAAACUGAACCCUCUAAUGACAGUUUUUUUGGGGGACUCAGCAUCAGCAGCUUUUGUGGCAAACUGAGCUGAAAGACUUUUUCAUCUAUUGAAUAGAUGGUUUUGUGCAGAGGGUAAUUCUGUUAUAUACUACUGUGGUAGUUUUCUGUUUCACUUUGCUCAAGAAGGUGCUCAAAUAAGGAACAAUUGCACUGGAUGUAAACGUUGGGUAUCAAUGGAAUGUGAUCCAUGAUAUUGAUGAACCACUCUGACAUCUGAAUCUGAAAAUAUACUGUACCAUAAACCAGCAAUUAAACAGUAGCACAGUUUUACAUAACUUAUCAAUGCUCUCAGAUUCAAAGCAGAUGUGCAUUCGUUUACUGGCUAGGAAGGAAUUUAACUAUAGAUUUUUCUUUAAGUUUAUAGCGAGACAGAAUGUUCAGUAACUAGUGUUUGGCUGGUGAUGCCACUUUUUUCACACUUUUCAUCACUUUAAUAUCUUUAGCAUAAUCAAAUGCAGACAGUUGGAGAAUCUGACCCAUCCUCAUUUUUCUGCUGCACAUUUCACAGUGCCUUGCAGACAGUUAUUUAUUAAGAUGUUUUCAGGGACAUGGAAUCACAAAUUGUUGUUACAUGUGUGCUGUCUGAGGAGGUGAGAGGAUGAUUAUUUCACUCAUGAGCUGUGAUUUAACUUCAGUGUUUUUAAAUGUAAUGGCAAUUUUUUUUUUUUUUCCCCAUGUUAUGUUUUGGACACCUUUUAAGUAUUUAUGAGAACUUAGGGAUCGGUUAUGCACAUGAGCUUUAUCAUUUAGCCUUAUGGCAAAAAAAAAGGGCAAGCAUGGCUCUAGUAUAACCGUUUAAAAUAUUGGCCAAAUUAAUUUGUUCAGCUGGCAUCACUGGAAGUCUCAUUUUGCCAUUUACAGAACAUAAAGUGUAACUCCUUCUGUAACUAAAUUCAAACUUCACACAAGUUCUGGUGGUGUAGAUGCACAUGACAUCAAAUGUAUUGUAGCUUUUAAACAUACAUCUAUAUUGUGGGUAACUUUCUGUUUAGUUGGGUCUUUUUUCCCCAACUAUCUUUGAGAACAUUGAUUAAAUUGGAAAGGCCUUCACUUUUCAAACACAUUAAGAUUACUUGCAAUUUGCAAGUUAAUUCUAUCAACUUGCAAAGUUUCACUGUGAUGGACACAUGGCUAUUAAAAAAAACAAUGAAACGCAUCAUCAAUCACAUCAUUUUCUAAGAAUUUACUGGAAAUGAUUCAGCACCUUAGACCUAAUAUGUGUAGCAUCCUAUUUAGAAUUGAAGGUAAAACAGACUGUACUGAUUAUUCAAUGUGUUUUAAGCAAUACAGGGGAAUGCUGUACAAUAAUGUACAAGCCAGUGUCUUUUUUUUGUGGAAAAGUAUAUUAUAGACAAAAAGCAGUGUUAUUCUAAAUAUAAUUUAAGAAAAACUAAGCCAUGCAUGGUUUAAGAAAUAAGUGACACUUCUGCUUGAUAUAACGAGAGUUUGUCCUUGGUUCACAGAGCUGAUGGGUUUAUGUGCACUUUGUUAAGCCUUUCUACUUCACACUGUAAAGAUUACAAAUGCAGUGAAAUGUGCAGUGAUCACAUUUAACAGCUACUCCAGUGGAAUCCUCUAGUAGCCGCUAAUUUCAUUUUCUUUUAAUUUUACAUUAGCUGAUUACACAUUGCUGCCUGUGCCAUAAUCAUCACUUAGACUCAAAUCUCAAGUGAUAUACAAUCAAGGCUUCAUUGCAUCUAUGCCCAAGCAAACACUAUGUAACCGGAUACAAUAAAAAGGCUAAUUCAAA